UCGGUUUAGUCCCUCUCUCUCUUAUAAAACAAAACAAAUCUUCAAUCUUCCUAAAACCAUAUCUUCUAUGGCUGCAAUCUCUCCAUCAAGCAACACACUUGAGAUCAUUCAUGGCGCUAAACGAUUCCACUAAUUGAUUCUCUCUCUCCAUCAAUAAAUAAACUAUGCAAAGCCCUUCAACGGCAACCCAGGACUCAUCCUCCUCCUCCUCCUCCUUUAGUUUCCUCACACGUCUAACCGGUUUAGCCUCCAGAAACCGAUCUCCACGCUCCAACUCAGAUGUGUACACUCUCUCAACCUCCAAUGCCUUGUUCUUCAACGCCUCUCGGAAGACUCUAUCACCCGCCCCAAGGACGCGAAAGGCCCUAGCUUCCAUGAGCUUGAACACCUCCAAGAGCAGUAGCUUGAAUAGAUUUAUCAAUGAAUUUAAUAGCUUUAUUAAGUUUCACUGUGAGAAAGUUGUUCCUGAUAGCUUCGCCUCUGUUGGGCUUUCGAACGGAGUUAGGAGGGGGAAUGAUAGUGGUGGGGUUUUGGGUGAGGAGGGCUUGCCGUUGAAUGGAGUUGAAGAUGAUAGGCCUAAGAAAGUUUUGAUUUUGAUGAGUGAUACUGGUGGUGGUCAUAGAGCUUCUGCUGAAGCUAUUAGAGCUGCUUUCAAUCAGGAGUAUGGGGAUGAGUAUCAGGUGUUUAUUACGGACUUGUGGACAGAUCACACACCCUGGCCAUUUAACCAGCUUCCUAGGAGUUAUAAUUUUCUGGUGAAACAUGGAGCUUUAUGGAAGAUGACUUACUAUGGUACUGCUCCACGCGUUAUUCACCAGUCUAACUUUGCAGCAACUUCGACUUUUAUUGCCAGGGAAAUUGCUCAAGGAUUGAUGAAGUAUCAACCAGACAUUAUAAUCAGUGUUCAUCCGUUGAUGCAACAUGUCCCACUUCGUGUCCUAAGAUCAAAGGGUUUACUUGAUAAAAUAGUCUUCACUACGGUUAUUACAGACUUGAGCACUUGUCAUCCCACAUGGUUUCACAAGCUUGUGACAAGAUGUUACUGCCCUUCAACAGAAGUGGCGAAAAGGGCACAAAAAGCUGGACUUCAAACAUCACAAAUCAAAGUUUAUGGUCUUCCUGUUCGACCUUCCUUUGUCAAACCAGUUCGCCCCAAGGUUGAGUUAAGAAGAGAGCUAGGAAUGGAUGAGAAUCUUCCAGCUGUUUUGUUAAUGGGCGGAGGAGAAGGAAUGGGUCCCAUAGAAACAACAGCAAGAGCUCUUGGAGAGGCUUUGUAUGACGAGACUCUUGGUGAAGCAGUUGGUCAGGUUCUUAUAAUAUGUGGACGGAACAAGAAACUCCAAACCAGAUUAAGUUCCAUAGAUUGGAAAAUACCAGUCCAGGUUAAAGGGUUUGUAACAAAAAUGGAGGAAUGUAUGGGUGCCUGUAACUGUAUCAUAACAAAGGCAGGUCCAGGAACCAUAGCUGAAGCUAUGAUAAGAGGGCUACCAAUAAUCUUAAACGGUUACAUUGCUGGUCAAGAGGCAGGGAAUGUACCGUAUGUGGUGGAGAACGGAUGUGGAAAAUUCUCAAAAUCACCAAAAGAGAUAUCGAAGAUUGUAGCGGACUGGUUUGGACCGGGUUCGAAACAGUUGGAGAUAAUGUCACAGAAUGCAUUAAGGCUAGCUAGACCAGAAGCUGUGUUCAAGAUAGUGCAAGACAUGCAUGAGCUUGUCCGGAAGAGAAACUAUCUUCCUCAGCUCUCUUGUACUGCCUAGCCUAGUAGAUGUUGUUGUAGUAGUAAACUUGUAACUCUUAUUCAUUCAAUCAAAACCCUACUUUUUCUUUUGGUUCUAGGCAAGAAUGUAGUAACAAUUAUACAGUAACUUUUUGUUUUGUUAUUAUUACACCCUUAAUGCGAAUGCUUAAGGUCGAUUGAUCACUUUUGAA